AUGAAGGCCCAUUCCGAUGCAAUCGACAUGGCCAACGAUUGGAAGCUGCUCAACAUUUUCAUUGGCGGAAAUGAUAUUUGUGCGUUGUGCAGACGCCCGGACUACGCCCCUGCGAACUGUGUCGCUGAAAUCCGGGAAGCAAUACAGUACAUACAAGACAACGUGCCGCGGGUAAUCGUGAACUUGAUGUCAAUGCUUCACCUUGAACUCCUUCGCCAGGUCGACACCGGAAAUAUGUUCUGUUUGGCAUUGCAUACAGAUGAAUGCGGCUGUGAACAGAACAAGAACUUCACCGAUGCGAUGAUCUCGGCCGCUUGUACAGAAUAUCAACAGCUAGAGACAAAACUACAGGAUGACGGCAUCUUUGAGAAAGACGAUUUCACAUAUGUCGUCCAGCCAUUCGCCAAUGAGAUUAUCCACCCGCCUAGCUAUCCGAACGGCACUGUGGAUUCGGACUUCUUCUGCCCCGACUGCUUCCACUUUUCUCAAUAUGGCCAUGCCGUCACAGCUACAUGGGUUUGGAGGAACAUGCUCGAGCCGGUAGGCAAAAAGACGACCAAGGGCAAUCUCUCCGUGCCGGCUCUACCGCUGGCCUGUCCGGAUCCGAAAUGCCCCUUCAUCCGGACCACCAAGAAUUCGGCCGACUGCUCAAAAUAUAUGACGGAG